AUGGUGCAGCAGGCAGAUAGCCUGGAAAGUGAGGUCAACCUGCCCCGGGAGGCGAUGGACACGGAGGAGGGUGAAUUCAUGGCUUGUAGCCCGGUGGCCUUGGAUGAAAGCGAUCCGGACUGGUGCAAAACGGCAUCGGGCCACAUUAAGAGGCCGAUGAACGCUUUCAUGGUGUGGUCUAAAAUCGAGAGGAGAAAAAUCAUGGAGCAGUCCCCAGACAUGCACAACGCGGAGAUAUCCAAGAGACUGGGGAAGCGGUGGAAAAUGCUGAAAGACAGCGAGAAGAUCCCCUUUAUCCGGGAAGCGGAGAGGCUGCGGCUCAAGCACAUGGCCGAUUACCCUGACUACAAGUACAGGCCCAGGAAAAAGCCCAAAAUGGACCCUUCGUCCAAACCUAACGCUAGCCAAAGCCCUGAGAAAAGUGCCGGCGGGGGCAGCAGUGGAGGGGGAAGCAGCAGCGGGGGCGGUGGCGGCGGCAGCAGCAAGAAUUCUAAGAGCUCCAGCAAGAAAUGUAGCAAACUGAAGACCUCUUCAUCCUCCUCUUCGACCUCGUCCUCGUCCACAUCCUGCCCCAAGCCUGGACCCGGUAAAGCAGCUCACCACGGGGACUACGCAGGCGAGGACUUGGUGUUUGGCACCCUCAAAGUGAAUGGCGCGGGAGGCGGUGGCGGCUGCAGCAAAACGGUCAAAUGCGUCUUCAUGGACGAUGAGGAUGAGGACGAGGAGGAUGAGGACGACCUUCAGCUGCGGAUCAAGCAGGAGCCAGAGGAAGAGGACGAGGAGCAUCCAGGACGUCAGCAGCAGCAGCAGCAGCAAGCCCAGCAAUUGCUCCGGCGCUAUAGCGUCGCCAAAGUGCCCGCCAGCCCCACGCUGAGCAGCUCGGCGGAAUCCACCGAGGGGGCCAGUUUGUACGAAGAGGUGCGGGCCGGCGCGACCUCCGCCGGGGGCCACGGCGGGGGCGGCAGCGCCAGCCGCCUCUACUACAGCUUCAAAAACAUCACCAAGCAAAGCGCCCAGCAGCUGCAGCAGCCCAGUCUGUCCCCAGCUUCCUCGCGCUCUGUCUCCACCUCCUCCUCCUCCAGUUCCAGUUCUAGCAGCAGUGAGGAGGCUGAUGACCUGAUGUUCGAUCUGAGCUUGAAUUUCUCCCAAAAUCCCCACUCGGCGACCGAGCAGCAGCUGGGG